AUGUUGUCGACAGUGGCCCUGUUCGGUCUAUGGGUCACUGCGGCGGCGUCCGUGAUCCCAGCCGAGCAACAGCCCUUGGCCGAUUCUAUUGUGUUGUCCAGCACCCUCGAACCAUUGCCCCAAGAUUCCCACACAUCACCCGAGUCAGUCACACCUCGACCUCGUGGUCGAUUUCUACACAUCACUGAUUUCCACCCGGACCGAUACUACAAGGUUGGGUCCCAGGCUGAUGAGAAGGGCGGAACAUGCCAUCGCGGCAAGGGAUCAGCGGGGUAUUUUGGUGCCGAAGGGACCGAUUGCGAUUCUCCCCUGUCCCUAGUCAAUGAGACAUUUCGAUGGAUUGAGCAAAACCUCAAGGAUGACAUCGAUUUCGUCAUCUGGACGGGCGAUUCCGUCCGUCAUGAUAACGACGAGAAACACCCGCGCUCAGACGAUGAGGUCGUCUCGCUCAACCGGUUCAUGGCGCAGAAAUGGGUCGAUGUGUUUGGAGUGCGCGAUACCCCCAAUAUCCCUGCGAACGCACCGCGCCUGUCGGUGCCUGUGAUCCCGACCUUCGGCAAUAACGACAUUCUGCCCCACAACAUCUUCCGCGGUGGGCCCAAUACGUGGACGAAAAGGUACGCCGAGAUCUGGCGGCAUUUUAUCCCAGAGGACCAGCGGCACUCGUUCGUGGAAGGAGGGUGGUUUACCGUGGAGGUCAUUCCUAGUAAGCUGGCCGUCAUCAGUCUGAACACCAUGUACUUUUUCGAUUCCAACAGUGCGGUGGAUGGAUGCAGUGCCAAGUCGGAACCUGGUUAUGAACACAUGGAAUGGCUGCGAGUGCAACUUCAGUUGCUCCGAGAUCGCGGGAUGAAGGCCAUCCUGAUGGGCCAUGUUGCUCCCGCCCGCUCGAAAGAGAAGAGGAACUGGGAUGAAAGUUGCUGGCAGAAAUACACCCUGUGGGUAGACCGCUAUCGCGACGUGGUUGUGACGGGUCUCUACGGACAUAUGAACAUUGAUCACUUCAUCCUGCAAGAUCAUCACAAGGUUCAUAUUGGCGAUGUAUUGGAACCGGCUGCAAAGGACAUCGUCUCCGUCGCGUCAAAGGAGGACUAUCUUGUCUCGUUGCGGAGACAGUGGUCUACACUCCCGUCUCCUCCGAAGGGCGUUUUUGAGAAACUUCGCGACUACGACUCUCUUCAGUUCGAUGCCUUGAAAAAGAAAAACAAGAAGGGGAGGGACAGGGAGCGGAAGGAACGCAAAUUCCUGAAAAAAAUCGGUGGGCCAUUCGCCGAACGAUAUAGUCUCUCUUUGGUUUCGCCGAGCAUGGUGCCGAAUUACUUUCCUACCCUUCGGGUUGUGGAAUACAAUGUCACUGGGCUCAAGUCAUCUUCUAUUCACGACCAUGGCUCUGCAGACGGCGUUGAAGGCUCUGGCACCAUUCCCUCAGUCGGGCUUGAGCAUGUCGAAUCUUCUUCGAUCGAGGCCGAGAAAAAGAGAAAGAAGAACAAGAAGAACAAGGACAAAGACAGGAAACCGCCCAGCUUCCCAAUACCGGAGCCUCCAUCCUCCUCAGCGCCCCCGGGCCCGGCUUAUUCUAACCAACCGUUCACCCUACUUUCCUAUACCCAAUACUUUGCAAAUUUGACCCGGUUGAACGCUGAGGUCGCCGUCACUCAGGGACAUAAAGACCCACAGAUCGAGUUUGAAGUCGAAUACUCGACGCUGGAUGAGGGUGCCUGCCAGAUGGCAGAUCUGACCGUGCGCAGCUUCUUGGAACUUGCGAUCAAGAUCGGCGAAGAUGGGCCGGUUGCGUCUGCAGAAUCUCCCGCCACCGAUACUCCAACUGGUGAGGUGGCAGUACAGAAGAAGGCCAUCAACCAGGCCUGGCGUACCUUCCUUCACCGAGCCUUUACUGGCUUUAUUGGCGUUGAUGAGCCGAAUUAG